CGGGCAGUUGGCCGGAAGUGGGGCUGUGAGGCUCGGAGUUGCCGGAGGAGCCAGUAUCUGUGUCGCCGCCGCCCGCGGCGUCCCGGGUUUGGUGUUGCGGCGCCCACCUUCGGGAGGAUCAGGCUGCUUCUGAUGCUUGGAAGAUAUCCUCUCAGCCACAAAGAUGGUAAUAAAUCUUUGCCUCCCACAGUUCAGACCAAGAAUUCACUGCAACAAGAUAUCAGCUGAUGGUUACGAAGUAGAAAAUCUCAUCUCUGAAGAUCUCACAAAGAGAAGUCAUGGUUUCAGGACAGAGUAUUUCAUUAAGCCACCAGUCUAUGUGACAGUUUCAUUUCCCUUUAAUGUGGAAAUCUGUAGGAUCAACAUAGACCUCACAGCUGGGGGAGGUCAGAACGUCACUGGCCUGGAAAUGUACACAUCUGCCUCAUCUAGCAGAGUGUCUUGGAAUACGCCCCAGUGCCGGACCCUGGGCCCAGCUGAGCCAUCUGUCCCAGACAAGGAGGCGUUCACCUUGGUAGGCAAAGUCUUACUGAAAAACCAGAGCCAAGUGGUGUUUAGCCACAGGGGCUUCAAGGCCAGGCCCCCUUUUGGCGCGAUGGAAGCCACACUCCCCUCCCCUGCUGUUGUGGCCCAGGAACUCUGGAAUAAAGGGGCUCUUUCCCUUAGCCACGUGGCCCACUUAAGGAUCUGUAUCACCCAUGUGACAGGCGGCGGUAUCCCUUGUAUCAAGCGGUUGGAAGUGUGGGGUCAGCCGGCCAAGACCUGCUCCCAGGAAGUGAUAGACAGCAUCCUGCUGGUCACCUCAGAGAACCUGCCUCAGGAUGUGGCUCUGCAGGCCCCAGCCUUGCCCAUGGAAAGUGACUGUGACCCUGGGGACCAGCCUGAGAGCCAGCAGGCCCCCUCCAGCCUGCAGAAGCUGGCCGAGAUCAUUCAGGAUGUGCCUGAGGAGUUCCUGGAUCCCAUCACUCUGGAGAUCAUGCCUUGUCCCAUGCUGCUGCCCUCAGGCAAGGUCAUCGACCAGAGCACACUGGAGAAGUGUAACCGCAGUGAAGCCACAUGGGGCCGAGUGCCCAGUGACCCUUUCACGGGGGUAGCUUUUACUCCACACUCUCAGCCCCUGCCUCACCCCUCCCUCAAGGCCCGGAUUGACCAUUUCCUGCUCCAGCACUCCAUCCCUGGCUGCCACCUGCUUGGGAGAGCACAGACGGCAUUGGCAGUGAUCCCUUCUUCCAUUGUUCUGCCCUCUCAGAAAAGGAAGAUAGAGCAGGCUGAACAUGUCCCAGACAGUAACUUUGGUAUAAAUGCUUCCUGUUUUUCUGCCACAAGCCCUUUGGUCUUACCCGCUACCUCAGAGCACACUGCUAAGAAAAUGAAAGCCACCAAUGAGCCCAGCCUGACACAUAUGGACUGCUCGACAGGUCCACUGUCCCACGAGCAGAAGCUGUCACAAAGCUUGGAAAUUGCCUUGGCAUCCACCCUUGGCUCUAUGCCCUCCUUCACGGCACGGCUGACCAGGGGACAGCUCCAGCACCUUGGCACAAGAGGGAGCAACACUUCCUGGAGGCCUGGCACCGGCUCGGAGCAGCCUGGGAGCAUCCCGGGCCCCGAAUGUGCCUCCUGCAAAAGAGUAUUUUCUCCCUACUUCAAAAAGGAGCCAGUGUACCAGCUGCCCUGCGGCCACCUCCUGUGCCGACCCUGCCUGGGUGAGAAGCAACGCUCCCUGCCCAUGACGUGCACAGCCUGCCAGCGGCCAGUUGCUAGCCAAGACGUGCUGCGGGUCCACUUCUGAGUGACUGGCCUCCACUGGAGGAGACCCAUUGCUGGGAAGAGCUGAGGGGGAACAGGAGCAGGGCCACAGCACCCCUGAGGUCUGGCCAGGCCCCAGGCACAGAGCUGCCUGCUCCCUCCCGGGGCUCUUCUUCAUCACCUCACGGUAUAGCACAUUGCUUCUGCGCUGGUGGCAAUAGGGCAACAAAGCCAUAGGCCAGAGGGCGGGGGGAUGUCCCUGCCUCACCCCCUGCCUGAGCCCAGGACCUGCUGGAGCCAGCCCCACCCUAGGCAGGAAGACCCCUGCUGAGGGCCCCCCGUGCAGUCCGCAUACCCCCCUGUCCAGCAGGGCACUGUGGGUGGCUCACCCUAGAUUGUGGCCCAGAUCUCAGGAGUCUCUGCCUUCAGGGUCAUCCAAAAGUGGACCUUGGGAGCAGUGGGGGUGUCUGUGGAGUGCAUGACUCAGCCCCCCGACUCGCAGCCUUAAUAAAGCGAUGGUUGACGUCUGCUGUGGGUUU